AUGCCCCAUUCUUCUCGCACAGGUGAAUUGGUAUACGAUCCUGAGAUUGAGAAGGCAGCGCGUAGGCGGAGGCAAGAGACCAAGAGACAAAAAGAAGGGCACUUAUUUGCUGUAAAUGAGUCAGCGGAAGACGAAGUAAGCAUGGCCAACACCCAAACAUUGAGGGAGCUGGCUGCCCCGGAGCUGACUCACCAGCCCCUAUGCAUCACAUUCCCCACUUUGGCUGAGAAUACUGCUUUUGAACUGAAGUCGGGGUUGAUUCACCUCCUACCUUCUUUCCAUGGUCUCUCUGGUGAAGAACUCCACAAGCACGUAAAGGAGUUCGAGGUGGUCUGCUCUAGUAUGAAACCUCCUGGGGUCACUGAAGAGCAAAUUAGACUGAGAACCUUUCCGUUCUCUCUCAAGGAUGCAACUAAAGAUUGGUUGUACUACCUACCAGCAGGUAGUAUUACCACAUGGGCGCAGCUGAAAAAGAAAUUCUUAGAAAAAUUCUUCCCUGCAUCCCGAGCUGCGAGUUUGAGGAAGGAGAUCUGCGGCAUCAAACAAUAUCCCGGUGAGUCCCUGUAUGAAUACUGGGAAAGGUUUAACAAGUUGUGCACUAGAUGCCCGCAGCAUCAAAUUAGUGAGCAACUAUUAAUCCAUUACUUCUAUGAAGGGCUCCAAUCAACAGACAGGAGUAUCAUUGACGCUGCCAGUGGGGGAGCACUUGCAAACAAGACACCGAGGGAAGCGUGGGAGCUCAUCGAAGCCAUGGCACAGAACUCCCAGCAAUUUGGCUUCCGUGAGAGCAACCCUCCCCGUAGAGUCAACGAGAUAGAGACUUCAUCCUUACAGCAGCAACUGUCAGAAUUGACAUUGGUUGUUAGGCAAUUAGCCAUGAGAGACACGCCGCGAGCGAAAGUAUGUGGAAUCUGUAUUAGCAUGGACCAUUGCACAGACUCGUGCCCCAUUUUGCAAGAGGACGGGGCAGAACAGGUAAACAUGGCCGGAGGCGUGCCCGCGCCCCGCAGGCAGUACGACCCAUACUCCAAUACGUACAAUCCGGGUUGGAGGGACCAUCCCAAUCUCAGUUAUGGGAACAGGCAACAAAAUUUAUUUCCGAAUCGUCCACCAGGAUUCCAUCAGCCAUGGCAACCAAAAUCUCAACCCUCGUUCUCCAAUUCAGGGAGUUCCCUGGAGGACCUAGUCAAAAACCUGGCCACGACUACUACUAAUCUGGCCACGCCUACUACCCAGCUUCAACAGGAGAUCAGAUCCUUGGCCGCGAAUACCGCGCAGCUCCAACAGGAUACCAAAGCUGACAAGAAGGACCAAGACGUUUGA